AUGUGUUUUGAUUCUUCAGCUGUUAGAAGAGAGCAACAACCUGCUAAAAGCAGAGGCACAGGCAGAGGCACUGGCAUUGGCAAUGGUAGAGGCAUUGGUAGAGGAACUGGUAGAGGCACUGGCAGAGGCACUGGCACUAGUAGAGGCAUUGGUAAAGGCACCGGAGGUGUAUCAAGUCAGCAACCUGAUCAACCAAGGGCUAUGGGAGAUUCAAUAUCAACAGGAAGACAAAAAAGGACCAAGAUUGUAGGAUAUGGCAUCUAUACAAAUGCAAGUGGUAGUCAAACCUUUAAUCCUGGUACUUUAGGAGAAAGAGUUAUCACUCCAGAAGUUUACAAGGAUGCAGCUCCAACAAAUAUUGAUAUUGGUUAUAAGACUCGAGGACUCAAGUGGAAUGGUGGAGAUGUUGUCAUAGCUUCACAGUUGCAACGUAUUAGUCAGUCAAGAAAAAACAAACGUGGAACAUCUAGUGCACCAAAAAAUGCCUAA